UGUUGCACAAAAGUAGAAUUAAGACAUCCGGGAUAAAUGACUCAGCUGAGCUCAAUGAAGCCAAAACAUGUGCGUCCAGGCUUAAUUGGUUGCACAAAGACCAAGCCAGGAUGAGCAGACACGGAUUCAUUAAGCCAGGUGAAACCAAUCCUGGAUAGGUGCGCGCUCACGGCUCACUCAAAUAGACCCCGCCACAGAUCACAGAUUAACUGAUUUACCAUGGCAACUAGAGCCGCGUACUUUUCCCCGUCGGAAGCACAAAUCCUCAUGGAGGCAUACGAGGAGGUAAAAGAUAUAAUUAAGAAGAAAGGCAACACCGCCACAGUGAUAAAGCAAAGAGAAAAAGCGUGGCAAAGUAUUGCAGACCGCCUGAAUGCGUAAGUAGUGCACAAUUACACACUCACCGCUCCGCUGAAACAUCACAAUUACAAUUCAAAUAUUUAAUUCACAUCUCCAAAAAUGCAGUUGUACUGUAAUUAUGAAACGGUUAAAUUUUUAAUUGAAAUGCACUGCAGAUAUGAGUGAAAUUGUGUAAAGUAACUCCAUCACACUGUUUAAAGCUAUGAUACAUUCUUUGAUAUUUUUACUGAAAACAAGACAAAAAUACCAAGUAUUUUUUUGCAGUGUGACUCCAUUAAAUGUGUGUGUGUGUGUGUGUGUGUGUGUGGAUUAAACAUGAACGGGCCAAAACGGACAUGGCAGCAGGUCAAAAUCAAAUACAAGAACAUUCUGCAGAAUGCAGUGAAAAAGAAUACCCACAGACAAGGCACGGGUGGUGGGUCACCAAAGGCUGACCUUACCCCAGCAGAGGACAUGGCCUUGGAGCUAAAUAAAGGCAGGCCCGUCUUAGAGGGGAUCCCUGGGGGGAAAGAGACGAGCAUAGGUUCCUCCCAAGAUGCCACCCGCUUCAUUCAAGUGCCUGGCAGCACUGUGUUCCUGUUAGAGCCACCAGCACAAGCACCAGACGAUGCUGAUCCAGGUGAAGGCCCCAGUGCAGCAGCAACAGCACAUGAUGGAGACGAUGAUGAGGAGGAGACCAUCUCUCUGGAUUCCAGAAGGCAUGAGGACCCAGAUGCUAUACAGUGGGAAAACCAGCCUGGCAACAUAAGCUCACAAGCUAUCAGAAAGUUGUAUGGCAACCACCUCCGGCGCCAAAUAGAACUGGCAGACAUAGACAUUCAGUACAAGAAGAAAAAGAUAGAAAAUCUUGCACUGGAGUCCGAAAUAAAAAAGAGGACAAUUAGGAAACUGGACCUUGAAAUAAAAAAACUUGCGAGGGAGCUCCAAGAAGAUGACACAGCUCAAAAUAAAAAUUAGCAAUCAGUACAACCAAGUCAUCGUUAUAAGGCAUCGCCCUCUUUUGCCCACCCCCAGCACCAGGUGUGGCCACUAGCCUAUAUGAAGGCCCAAAAUUGUGUGUUCCUUUCUGCUCUGACAAUGGCAUGCCCAUUCGUGCGAGAUGUGGUGGAUGAAGAAGCACUUGUGCUGAGGAGAGCCUUCAGGCGAGAAAGGGUCUUCAGGGACCGGUUGGACCCACUGGCCUUCCCUGAUGACCAUCUAUAUGAAAGAUACAGGUUUUCUGCAGAUGGCAUCAGGUAUCUAUGCAGACUACUGGGUCCCAGGAUUAAGCACCGCACUGCACGGAGCCAUGCACUGAGUGUGGAGCAAAUGGUUUGUGUGGCCUUGCGCUUUUUGCUAGUGGAGCCUUCCUGUACUCAGUGGGGGAUGCAGAACAGCUGAACAAGGCCACAAUUUGCCGCACAAUAAGGAGUGUGUGUCUGGCUAUCAAAGCAUUAGCAGAUGUCUUCAUCUCCUUCCCUGGCCACAGAAGACUCUGUGACAUCAAAGAGGAGUUCUAUAGGAUUGCAGAUGGUCUGCAAUGCUGACUGUGUGAUCAGCAAUGUUGUGGCAAAAUGGCCUGGCUCAGUCCAUGACUCCAGAAUCUUUCGGGCCUCUGAAAUCUAUCAGUGCCUAUCACAAGGUGAAUUCUCUGGUGUGUUGCUGGGAGACAGGGGUAUGGCUGCCAGCCUUUUCUCCUGACACCUUUCACAGACCCCCAGGAAGCACAGCAGGCCUACAACCAUGCCCAUGCCAGGACCAGGGCCAGAGUUGAAAUGACCUUUGGCCUCCUGAAGGCACGCUUUCACUGCCUUCACAAAUUAAGGGUCAGCCCUGUUAGGGCAUGUGAUAUUACUGUGGCUUGUGCUGUCCUCCACAAUGUGGCCUGCCUGAGGAAGGAGAGGGCCCCAGAGUGCCACCAGCCAUGGACUGGGACAAUCCGGCAAUCUUCCCUGAUGACGACAGUGGUCGGCUGCUGAGGGACCAAUAUGUGUUGAAUUAUUUUAGUUAGUAUGUGUGCUUUCAAUUUUGGUUAAAUAUGUCCUGCGGUGGCAGAGGAAUUUGGGGUUUUUUGGGUUCGUUUUUUUGACGAAUUUGGCCUCUUAUGAUGUUUGUGCGGUAUACUGUGUGUAAUACAAGGCUGCAGGGAGGCUACUGCAUCCAUUCAUUUGUCUGUUCAGUUGAUGUGUAUGGAUUUGUCCUGCAUUUAUUUUAGUGUGCAGACAUGCAGGGUGUGUUAUAUACAGACCUUUGAAUGUGUAUGUAUCAUUUUGUAUAAUAUGCUUGGAUUCUGUGCUUUCCAUCUUGUAGAGUCACUGUGACUUCAGUUUCGAAAGGAGCUGAUGGUUUACCUGCUUUGUUUUGUCCUUAUUCAAUAAAGGAACAUAAUGUUACACAUUGUGUUUUUAUAUUCAUA